AUGGCAGCUUCCACUAUGUCUGUAUCUUCUUCAUUCAUCGGACAAGCAGUGAAAACAACACCAUCUGGUUCAGAAAUCACCGGAAAUGGAAGGGUUUCCAUGAGGAAGACAGCAGUCAAGAAAGUCGCACCAUCAGGAAGCCCAUGGUACGGCCCCGACCGUGUUAAGUACCUUGGCCCAUUCUCCGGCGAAGCCCCAUCUUACCUGACCGGUGAGUUCCCCGGUGACUACGGUUGGGACACUGCUGGGCUCUCUGCUGAUCCUGAAACAUUCGCCAAGAACCGUGAGCUUGAGGUCAUCCACAGCAGAUGGGCAAUGCUCGGAGCUCUUGGGUGCGUCUUCCCUGAACUCUUGGCUCGUAAUGGGGUCAAGUUUGGUGAGGCUGUAUGGUUCAAGGCUGGAUCCCAGAUCUUUAGUGAGGGUGGUCUUGACUACUUGGGGAACCCAAGUUUGAUCCAUGCACAAAGCAUUUUAGCCAUCUGGGCUACCCAAGUGAUCUUGAUGGGUGCAGUUGAAGGUUACAGAAUUGCUGGUGGACCUCUUGGUGAGGUAGUUGACCCACUUUACCCUGGUGGUAGCUUCGACCCAUUGGGUCUGGCUGAUGACCCAGAGGCAUUUGCUGAGCUGAAAGUGAAGGAGCUCAAGAACGGUAGACUGGCCAUGUUCUCUAUGUUUGGAUUCUUUGUUCAAGCCAUUGUUACCGGAAAGGGACCAUUGGAGAAUCUUGCUGACCAUCUUGCUGACCCUGUUGCAAACAAUGCAUGGUCAUAUGCUACAAACUUUGUACCUGGAAAAGAUCGAGCUUUCAUCCCUCAUUCUCCAUCUUCUUUAAGCAUUGACAACUUCCAAUUUUUGUCCGUCGCCGCCUCCCCUUGCCUGCCUUCGACAACGCUCCUCCUUCUCCGCCUCCCCGUCGUCGGUAAGUUUUCAGGUAUGGUUAUUUUCUUGAAUCUGGUGCUCAAUCGUGUUAUUGCUGAUCAAUUUUGUAUGAAAUUGGUGUCGAUUGUGUUCUUGCUGCUCGAUUUUGAGCAAGAUGAAGUUGCUAGUGGUGGAAGAUAUCCAACAAGAAAACAGAUACAGAUUCCUAAAGAGCAUCUUGAUCAUCCAGGCAUCUAUAUCAUUCAGAUAUGA